GGCUAAUUACGAUUAUAUAAAUGUCAAUGUUAGCUCAAUUUAUGCGACCGGUCUCAAAAAGUCAUGAACAUGAAGGCACUUUCUUGUGUUCUAAUUUUGUUUGCCAUAGUAAAGUUCGUUCGUAUGGAAGAAGAAAUCGUCUCCAAAGUUGAAUGCAGUAAUCAACAGACAGCUGAAUGGAUGAACAUAAUGUUGUCCUACCCUUACGAAUGCUUUGAUCCGCAAUUUUUCUUAGAAAUAUUGACAUGUUACGAUGGACCGCGCAAUACUAGUUUUGGAGAACAUCUAAAUAAGUGCGCUAUUCAAUCCUACUCCUCCAGUGGGGUUGUUUGCAGAAGUGAUUGUCCGGACAUGAUGAAUAAAGUAACAGUUAUGGCCGUGCAAGAAUUCGAUUUUAAAUGUGAAAAUGACAAAUUCCUGGAGUCGUUCUUCACAUGCCUUUUGAAGAUACGGCAAGGUGCUGAAUGUCCCGAAAAUGGUUAUAGUUCCUGUGCCAAACCAUUUGAGUAGGUAAUCAUUAACCUUGAUAUGUGGGAUAAGUGUUCAUAUAAAAUUGCUUUUGCUUUAUUUGAAAUAAAAAGCGUACUUAAUCGAA